UCUUCGACGCCGCCGACGCUGGGGCCGCAGUAUACGUCGUAUGUGCUUCAUCUCAUCGAAGGCUACAGCAAGAUCCGGAUGAAGCUGUCCAAGAAGGAGAAAGAAGUCACCCAGCUAGAAGCUACGCGGCAAGAAGACAAGGAGCGGAGCAAGGCCCUCGUUUCCGACUGGGCUGCGCAAGAGGCCCGAUACAAGGCUGAGAUCAAGCGGCUGGAGCUCAUCAUCCAGCAUGUAUCUGGCAAGGGCGUCGAGGCUGUGGCGCUGGCUCGAUCGGGCAGCCUCAUUCGGAGAGGUGGA